AUGUCCCAAAACUCGGUCGUGCGAACGACGGGUUGCGAUAAAUCCCGUCAUUCCCCCUUCUGCUCCCCAUCAAUUCCCGCUCUGCUUUUCCAUCAAUUUCCCCUCUGCUCUCUAUUUCCCCCCCUGCUUCUCCUCCGUUCCCCCCCUGCUUCCCCCCAUCCCCUUCCCUGCUUCCCCCCAUCCCCUUACCUGCUUCCCCCCAUCCCCUUCCCUGCUUCCCCCCAUCCCCUUACCUGCUUCCCCCCAUCCCCUUCCCUGCUUCCCCCCAUCCCCUUCCCUGCUCCCCCCCAUCCCCUUCCCUGCUUCCCCCCAUCCCCUUUCCUGCUUCCCCCCAUCCCCUUUCCUUCUUCCCCCCAUCCCCUUUCCUGCUUCCCCCCAUCCCCUUUCCUGCUUCCCCCCAUCCCCUCAGCCCUCCUUCCCCCCACCCUCUGCCCUGUUCCACCCUGCCCUCCCCAUCCCUGCCUUUCCCUCCCUGCCCUGCGCUUCCCUUCCCCAUCCCUUCUCAACCCUUCCCUUCCUUUUCAUGCCCUUCCCUUCCCCUUCACACCUCACCCGCCCACUACUGUAGUUCCCAUGCAUGUGCACCCAUCACUGUCUCCCCACAUGCUUUCAUCAUGUGCGCUUGCUUGUGUUCCCUUGCAGUUGUUCCUUUGGCACCUCACACCACCUCCCCCAUGUUCCUUCACACAAUUAUUCCUGCCUACUCCACUCCCUGUAUUUUCAGUGGUGAAGCAGAGGAGCAAGCUGAGGCGCAGCUAA